AGGAAUACAUCACAGCUUCUUCGUUCCAUUACGAACAGUUUUAAAUGGUCAUCGAGUCAAGAGUCGAGAUUUUAUUUUAUACGAAAAUAGUAUACGAAGGAGGAAAUCCUCUUGGCUGAAUUGACAAGGAAGUAUUAAACAGGAAAACAGUGUCUUCUUAAACUAACGAUUUUGAAGCGAUGUAUAACAGGCACAAAUCAUGAAAUCUGGAUGCCGGAUGUUACACUAUCUGAUAUUUACAACAGUUAUUUCCAAAUCAGAACCAUAUACAUGGUUUGAAGCACAAGCAAUAUGUAGGGAAAAGAAUCAGUCUCUGACGUUGAGAAACAAUGAAUCAUCAAGAUUUUACUGGACAGGAUUUUAUAAGAAAAUAUCACUCUGGAUCAAAAUCAUAGGUUGCUACAGUGAAACAGCUAUAUGUAUGCAACAUGGUGGGAUGGACAUUUUUCAAUUAUCAAAACCUUCUCCACCACUUUGUCAAGAACACUGCUACCAGAAAAGUGUUUCUGUAUUUGCCGUGCAAGCACGGAAAUGCAUUUGCUUAUCUAAGAAUUUCGAUUACACUAAAAACCAACUAGCUGCAUCAAGUUGCGUGUAUACAUGUGACGAAAUGAAUUUCCUGCCAACAGAAUGUGGGGGAGAGUCAGCAUUCAACGUCUUCCUAACAGUGUGUAUUACAGAUAUUUCGAAUUUGAGUGUAACCAGCAGAUGUCUUUCUUUAAAAUGUGGAGGAACUCCGAUGUUUAGGGAGUAUCGAUGCUCAACAUCUCAACGUACAAUAUGCAGUACAUUAGCUAAAAGGUCGGACUCAGAAACUUGGAAGACAGGUAAGCAAUACUGUAAGGACCAAGGAACCUAUCCAAAGGGAAACAUUAGCCUAUCAGACAUCAAACGGACUUGUGCAGAAACAAAAGGCAUAGGGUCGGCUCCGCAUUGGGUUGGAGUAGUUAAAGAAAUGUAUCAAAAGGAAGACCAAGGUCAAUUGAUCACAACAGCUGAGCAGAUAUCCAUAAAACAAUGCAUGAAAUGUCUUUUUGAUGAAAGUUCUCCACUACCUGAUUGUCAAUAUGUAUAUUGCGAUCUCAACUUAACCACUGCUGUUUCUUGUUCAAAGGAGGAUAAGACAACACAACAACCACAAGAUAUUGAUUUCAAUUGUUCAGAAAUGACAACAAGAAUUUUUUCUACCUCAAUGGAUGGAAACAUGGGGAAUACUUCUCUUGAUUUAAAAAAAAUAACCGGAAGCAAAGAAAGUGCUAUUAUAAUAGUCCCCGUUGUUAUCGUCAUAUUACUGCUGGCCUUGUUAGCUUGUGCGAUCCUGCUGUACAUGCAUGUCAGAAAAAGGAAAAAUAUGCAAGAAACUGACAAAACACGAGGAAGAAGCACCUUAACUAUUGGGUCUACAAAAUACUCAAACGUACAAAAUAAUUCCGACCAAAAUGUAGUUGUCCUUCAGCAGUCCAACCAUUCAUAUGAACUGGCAGGUCAUAUAUCUGUUGCGUCUGAAAGUCCUUACACCGAGGCAGAGGUUGGCACCUAUGAUCUCCUUGGAAACAAAGAGGCUAGAAAAGCACAUGCUGAGGAUAUAUAUAACCAAACAUCGUGCAAUGAGUUGUCAGACCUGUCUGAUUAUGACGUAGCAAAUCACAAACGUUUGAAUGCGGAAGACAAUACGUACGAUCAUUCUGGUGUUAGAGAUAAUUCAUACGGCCAUUUUGAUUUGACUCAGAUCAAGGAAACUGUUUAUUCUGAGUUGUCCUAAUAGAGAUUAUAAACAUUCAAAUAAUGUUCAUUAAAAGGGGUGUUUAGAAACAGUCUGGAAAGGUGUUUUUGGAAUUUAUUUUCUCAAAUUGUACUUUUAAACAAGAGAUAUGUAUGCAUCCGUAUAUUUCUAUUACUGUUUCAUUUAUAUGGUAUUCCAUACUAGCAUAAAUAUAUUAAAUGACAAUUUAAAAUCAAAUGCAUUUUCAUUAAUAUUUAAUGUUAACUUUGUUUCUAAUGUUUCUACUAUGUUGCAAAACCUACAGAUCUGGCGUACCUCCAGAUCCGGUGAUGCAAAGGAUUUUUAAAGAUAGUGAAUCAAAUUGUU